AUGUCCCUGAGGGACUUCCUCAGGGCCUCGCACUUCGCGCUGGGGCCAGACCCUCGGCUGCACGUGGGCACCCUGCACUCCACGACGCACCGGGACUUCCAGGCCUACCCGGGCGCCACCCGCGCGCUGCCGAGCCAGCGGCCGCCCCGCGCGCCCCUCUUCCAGCAGGACCCGCGCUGGGCGGGCGAAGAGCGCGUGUCGGAGGCGCACUGCGUCUUCGCGCCCCCGCCGCCCUCCGAGCCGUCUGGGGAGCGGGAGCGGGAGCGGGCGCGGGAUCGCACCCUCGCCAUGCAGGCCAGCCACCUGGUCUUGCACGCGGACGCGCGCGCCCGCACGGGCCUCUCCACCGCGCGCGCCGACUUCCGCUGGCCCGAGCUGCCGGCGCGCGCCCGCGAGCAGAUCCGCGGCGCGCGCCUCAUCUUCGACCGGGACUCGAUGCCGCCGGGCGACCGAGCCAAGCUGCGCAUCCCGCCCACCACGUACCAGGAGCUCUUCCCGCCCCACGACGCCCGACCCCAGCCCUGCGCACCCCGCCGCCACCUCGGGGGCCCCAACCUCCUCAAGUGGGACCACGGGAGACAGGACGAUGGGACCUCCUACCAGAGACAGUUCCAGGCCCUGCCAGGCCCACCUGCCUUGAUGUGUAAGAGGGCGGCCAGCAGCGUGGAGCUAGGCAACUUCAAGAGCGCUUCUGGGCCCGUGUGUUCGGAGCAGAAACAAGCUUACGGGCCCCAGGGUCUGCCCUCACAUAGGUAUGACAAAGCCCAGGCCUCGGCCCACAUCCACUAUGUGAAUAUUCGUCCUGGAGACGGCCUCUUCCACGACAGGACCACCCAGGCUGAACACUACUAUGCCCGGGAGCCAGAGCCUUUCAUUCUUCACCACAACCAGACUCCAGAGUCGCACAUCCUGGAAGGAAACUGGUGCCCCAGCCCGGGCAGCCUCACCACCUCCACGCGUUUCUUCUACGGCCAGCCGCCUCCCGCCACCAAGCCACCCUGCCGCCACCCGCCUCACGAGAAAUUGCAGAGUCACGUGACCCUAGGGGAGCCUUCGCUGCUGGGACGGUUCUUCCAGACCUCCAUGGGCAGGGACUAUUACCCUCCUGGGAUGCAGCACCCGCAGAAAGCGCCCAACCUGCACUUGAAGCAGAGCAACCUGCCCCAGGGCACUGGCGAACUAGAUUUUUUAACCAUGAACCAGAAGAUGCUGAAGCCGCACCGGACAGCUCCGGCCUCCCCGACUGAGGAGAUGUUCCAGCGGUGCAAAUAUAGCCACAUGGAGCCCCCGCUGGGUAGACAGCGCUUCUUCUCAACCCAACACGGAGACGAGUUUACCUUCAAGUACCAAGGCCCCGCGGUGCUGAGAUGGGGCAACUUCCAGGAGAGUCACGUGCCACUGGGCUCCCCUCGCCAAUGGGGCUGUUGGGGUGAGAAGGUAGACCCUCAGGCCCCCCAGAUUCCUAUGUACCCGUGCCCUAGCCAGCAAUAA